AUGUUUUUAGCAAGUUAUUUUGAUCGUAAAGAUAAAGUUAACGAGAAGAGUGAAACAGAAAUUGAAGAAAUUGAAUAUAAGAAAAAUAAUUUAGAAAAGGUACUGAAGAAUGCUUUAUAUUUACAUAAGGAGAAAAACGUCAAAUUAAAAGAUGAGGAAGAUAAAAAGAAACAAAUCAAAGAAUACUUGUCCAGUUUUUUAAAAAAGAAAAUAAAGGAUGAACAUAAAAUGAAUUUAUCAUAUUUUAUUUAUGAUGAAAAUGAAAAACGAAAUAUUAGUAAAUAUUCAGUAGACAAUUUUAAUGAAAGAGAAGAAGAUCAAAGAGGUAUAUAUAAUUUGUUAAAAGAAAAUAAAAGUCUUAAUAAUAUGUCAAAAGAUAUGUUGAUACUAGCUAAUUAUUUACAACAUGACAAAUUGAAAAAUAUAGAUAUAAUAUCAGUUUAUAAUAUUAUUGAUAAAUAUAUUGAUAAAUAUAAAUUAGAAAUUGAUGAAAUUAAAAAAGAAUUAGAUAAAGAAGCUGACAAAGAAAUAAAAAAGAAACAAAACAAUUUAGAUACUAUAUAUAAUAUAAAAAAAGAAUUAGGAAAUAUACAUAUUGUUGAAGAAGAAAAUAGUAACAAUACUGUCGAAUAUAUGUUAAACGAAAUGAAAAUAAUAAAAAAAUUAAUCAAACAAAAAGAAUAUAUUAUCUGUGUAAAAAAUACUUUAAUCAGUUUAGAUUAUGCAAAAAAAUGUGCAGUGAAUAGGAAAUAUGAUGAAUCAUUAAAUAUUAUUUUAGAUAUAGUAAAUAUAUUACAUAUAUUUAAAAAAAAUUUCAAAAAGCAAGUAAUUAAAAAUAUAGAAUUCUUUAUUCCAUUGUUAGCAGAAUAUUAUAUCAACAAAUCAAAGUUGUUACUAUCAAGUAUACAUUGGGGCAAUAAUAUUUCGUAUGUAUCAACAAACUCGUUAGAAGACGUUAUAAAUGAUAUAGAUAUGAGUGAGGAUAACGAAGAAAUAUAUGAUGAUAUGUGUGAUGAUAACGAAGAUAUAUAUGAUGAUAUGUGUGAUGAUAACGAAGAUAUAUAUAAUGAUAUGUGUGAUGAUAAUGAAGAUAUAUAUGAUGAUACAAAUAAUUAUUAUCAAGGUUUUGAAAACACAGAUAUUAAUUAUUCCACGACAUUUAUAAAUGCAGAAAAAACAAAGAAUGUAGCACAACAAAAAGAAAAAAAAAGAAGACUUCUAUAUUAUAAUCGCCAUAUGAAUAAAUUUCACGAUAAAAUAAAUAACAGUGUUAUAUUUGAUAAGGAAUAUAUGGGUUUGAUAAAAAAAGAAAGUCUAGAAUUUAUCAACAUUUUAAUUUGUUGUAAUUAUAUAGAAAAAAUUAAUAUAUGUAUUACAGAGGAAAACGAAGAAAAUGAAAAUAUAUUAUUUGUUAAACAAAAAUAUUAUUCAUCAUCUUUUUAUGUAGAAGAAUUAGCUAGCAGCAUAAUUAAUUUUUUUCGUUCCUUUUUUCAAAAUGAUAAAAGUCCACUAUUCAAAUUUGAUAAACCUGAAUGGGGACUUAAGUAUUUAUUUUAUCAAUCUAUUAUAAGUAAUUAUAUCUUAAAGAUGUUAUUAAAUUACGCUCACAUGGAAAAUUUUAAAAGUAAUAAUAUAAUAUUGAAACAAACAUUAGAGUAUAUGUUUACGUAUAAUAAUAAAUAUAAAGAGAUACUGCGUAAUAUUAAUAAUAUUGAAAAUUUGGAUAGGAAUCCUACAUCCAUAAAUAAUAAACAGGAAACAAUUGCAAUGAGUAGUGUGUCAUCAGAUGUGCAAUACGAAAGAGAUCACAUGAAACUAUUUCCGGAACUUAAUAAUGAUAAUAAUAAUAAUAAUAAUAAUAAUGAUAAUAAUGAUAAUAAUUAUAACGAUAAUUUUUAUCGUAAUAAUAAUUAUUUUCAUCCCAUGAGUGAUCAAAUAAAAAAUUCUUCCCAUUCUUACCUAUUGGAUAAUAAUUUUAAUAUUAAAGAUAGGUGGCCCAGUAAAAACACACAUAUUUAUUAUAAUACAUACAAUUGUAUGAAGGAUGAAGAUAAACAAAUAUUGUUUGAAGACAUAAGUAAUUAUAAAAUGGUGUUGGAAAAAUUAAAUUAUGAAAUUAUAACAGAAUGUCGAUUGUACAUAUUAAGUAGAAUAAGCUAUUUUAUUCAUCUAUAUACUUUUGAUGAAAAUAAUAAGGAUGAUAUAAAAAAAUCGUUUUUAAAUUUUAUGCAGCAUAUUUUUUUAAUAUACAAAAAAUGGUGGUUAUAUGAUAGGCAUAAUUGUAAGCAUUUGUUAGAUGAUUUUUACAACAAUACAUAUAUCAAAUUGAAUCCUAUGGAAAAUGAAAAAACGAACCAACAUAAUAACUUUAAUAAUAAUAAUGAUGAUGAUGAUAAUAAUAAUGAUAAUGAUAAUAAUAAUAAUAAUGAUAAUAAUUUGAAUGGUAUUAAUCAUGAUAAUAAUAUAAAUAAUUAUAAUGUAGAGAAUAAUACAAUUCAACAUUUACAAAAUAACGAAUUAUUGAAAAAUAGAAACCUGCAAUUAAGUAGCGAAGAAAAUAUAAUUAAUAUGAAUGAAAAAACAAAUGAUGGUGUUUAUAUUAGAGACUUCUUUAUGUUAAAUGAAAAAGAAUUUCUUAUAGAUAUAUUAAACGAUAUGUCAAACAAAAAGUGUUGUAUAAAAUUAAAAAAUAAUAUAAUAUUAGAUGAAAAUGAUUGUAUCAAUGAAUAUAGUGAUAUAUUUAUACAAUUAUUAAAAAAAAUAAAAAAUAGAAUAUGGUGUUUUCGUAACAAUCACGAAUUUAUGGAAGAAUAUAUGAAUAAUGUAGUAAAAAAAUUAUUAAUUAUUGUAAAAGAUGAAUUUAGAUUUCAUUGGAAUAAUAUAUCAGAUUUGAUUGGUGAUUCUGAAAUAACAUGUUUGUUAUAUAUUUCUUUUCAUAGAAUAAAUAAUUUUUUAAAUAUAUAUCAAUAUAAAAAAUAUCUUGAAGAAAUAAAACAAAAUUUUGAUAUUCUAGAAAAAAAAAUGUUUCAUAAUUUUCUAGAUGCAUUUUAUCAUUUUAUAUCUAUAAGAAUAUAUAAUCUCUUUUCUGUAAGUAAUGUAUUUCAUGAAUAUAUUAUAAAUAAUUUAUAUAAAAUAAAAAAAAAUUUACCAGAUAUAAUAUUUAUUCAAUUCUUAAACAGAAUAUUAUAUAAAUUAGAUAAAACCAUUUUAAAAUAUUUAUUAAAUCAAAAUAUUUCAUUUUUACAAAAUGAAUUAUAUUUUCAGACAUUCAUAAACAAUUCAUAUAUUUUAUUACAACAAAUAGAAGAAUUAAAUUAUAAAAACAAGAAAGAAAAAUUAAAUAAUAAUACUGGAAUAUUCAUUUAUAAUAUGAACUUAUUAAGAGAAAUAUUAAAAUUAAUGACUGAUAAUAUAGAUACAUUGAAAGACAAAAUUAACGAAAUAAAAUGUAGCUAUGCAUUUUUAAAAAAUAAAAAUAAUUGGAUAGAUCAAGUUACACGAAUAACAAAUUCUUUAUUAAAAGAUGAUUCUUCUAGUGAUGAUAAUAAAUCUUCUAAUUAUAAUUAUAAAGAAAAUUGGGAAAACAAAUGUAACAAAACUGAAAUAUCCAUUAUCAAAAUUAAGAUGUUAUUAUUAAGAAGACCGGAUAUAAAAACAAUUGCAGAAAAAUCAAUUGUUGUUAAAGAGUUUAUAGAAUAUUGA